AUGGCAAAUCCUUUGUGUAUCAUGAAAACUUUGCUCUUGAGGAAAGAUCUCAUUCUUGGGAAAGAGCAAAAAGACAUUCAGGCCCUGGGGCCUCCCUCUGCCCUUCGGGCCGGCUGGCGAAGUGGCCGGUGGCCGGGACAGGGUUUGGGCGGGAGAACCAGUGGACGGCGUUCCCGCGGCCACCUCAGCGCGGGGCCGACGGGCGGCGGAGGGGUUGGGCGGGGUCGGGUUCGGGGUCGACCCCACGUGGCCGCCGCCGCCGCAGCCGAGGGACUCGCAGGGCCUCCGACCGAAGGCGGCCGGAACAAGCGGGCGAGAGGCGCGGGGCCACUAACAAGCGCCCCCGGCCCCUCGAGCCCCGUGAGCCAUGGCGGGCGCACGGCGAGUCCGCCGCUCCACAACCAGUGGCUAGCCGGGCCUGGCGGCCACUGCUACCUACCCUCUUCCUUCUGCUCUCCGGGCUUCGGAGCUGCGGAGAGAAGGAUGAGCCCCUGAAGCUGGUUCCUGCAGCCCGCCCUCUGCCUGCUGCCCGCCCUCUGCCUCCUGCGGGCGAGCGCAGCCCCUGCGCUCGGCGCCCCCGCCUACGCCAACUGCGAGCUCAAGCCCCAACAAAGUGAGUUGAAUUCCUUCUUGUGGACCAUCAAGCGAGACCCACCGUCUUACUUCUUUAGCGCGAUCCGUCCGUAUACCCGGGUUUGGGACUUCAUCCCUGACAACUCCAAGGAGGCUUUCCGGCAGAGCGGCAUCAUGUACUUUGAGCUGGACCUCAUGGACCCCUCUACCAUCUCAGCCCUCACCAGCUGUCAGAUGUUGCCCCAGGGUGAGAACUUCCAGGACAUGCUCCCCAGGGACAUCUACUGCCAUCUCAAGCACCACCUAGAGUACGUCAAGCUCAUGAUGCCCUCGUGGAUGACCCCUGACCAGCACCGGAAGGGUCUCUAUGCAGACUACCUUUUCAGUGCCAUUGCUGGGAACUGGGAGUGGAAGAGGCCCAUCUGGGUCAUGCUCAUGGUCAACUCCCUGACCGAAGCGGACACCAAGUCCCGUGGGGUGCCCGUCUUAGACCUGUGCCUUGCCCAGGAGGCCAAGCGGCUGAGGAAACAGACGGGGGCAGUGGAGAAGGUGGAAGAGCAGUGUCAUCCAUUGAAUGGGCUGAACUUUUCUCAGGUCAUCUUUGCUUUGAACCGGACCCUCCUGCAGCAAGAGAGCCUGAGAGCAGGUGGCCUUCAGAUGCCCUACUCCACAGAGGACCUCAUCAAACACUAUAACUGCGGGGACCUCAGCUACGUCAUCUUCAGCCAUGACAGCUCCCAGGUUCCCAAUUUUAUUAAUGCCACGCUACUGCCCCAGGAACGCAUCACCGCUCAGGAGAUUGACAGCUACUUCCGCCGGGAGCUCAUCCACAAGCACGAGAGGAUGGGGAAGCAGGUGAAGGCCCUUUUGGAAGAGUUCCCUGACAAAGGCUUCUUCUUUGCCUUUGGAGCUGGGCAUUUCAUGGGCAACAACACAGUUCUGGAUGUUCUUCGGCGUGAAGGCUAUGAGGUAGAACACGCACCUGCUGGAUGACCCAUCAACAAAAGCAAGAGUAAAAGCCCCGCAUCGCGUCCCGCCGCCUCUGCUGUCUUGGCUCCGGAAGCACCGACCCCGGAAGCACCUCUACCGAAAGCUGGGUCUGGUGGGCGCUCACUGUUACCGCCCUACGCGGCGCUGCCUCACGUGACUGUGCCCAGAAGCACAGACUUGCAUGGCUCGGCAGAAAGAAAGUUCCGGGAGAAGCGGAGACAGCCUUAGCGGAGGCAGUGGCUUCGGCAGUUCAGCGACCUGUGCGUCUGACUGGAGGAGAGUGCUGUGGGCCCACAGCUCCAGGUCCCUGUUCUGGACGGGCACAUCUUCGCUGAGCUGUGGCUCUCUCACCAUGGACAUUCCCCCAACAGCCAGAUGGUGGCCAGCAGUGCCUGCCUGUCUCUCUGGAUCCCUGCGUUCUGGGUGCUGGAGCUGGCUUUCCAGACAGAGGCACUCUUCCUGUACUGACCAGAGGAGCCAAGCCAAGACCCUGGCCCCUCGGACUUGAAGGCCAGUCAUUCCUGUACCCACACUCUGGUCAGGCCCUGAUAGGCCCAACCCAGGAGAAGAGACUCCAAAUAAAGCCAGUGUUGCUUCUCCUUUUUCCAAGGAAUGACUUUGGGUUUUCUAGCAAUCCUUGGGGUGGGUGGGGGGAGUUGUACAGCUUUGUAAUGUAAUGAGCUAUAUGAAGGUAAUUAAUGGUAAAUGAAUCGUAUGGAAAUAAUUAAAUACCUUUUUGUGUGUGUGUA